AUGGGCGGGCGUUACAUAGUGGGUGGCAGUCGAGGCGACAUCCUGGUGGUACGAGACGCGCGGCCCGAUGAUGGUAGCUCGUACUCCUGUGAGGCACAACACACCCUGACCGGAGAGAAGAGACGAAGCUCACCAGCCAUGGUCACUGUUUCACACGCAACCUCGAGUAUGGCGCCGAGAAUGUUGACUGUGUCAGAGGAUGAGACAGUUCCACAGGGCGGUGAUAUCAGAUUGGUGUGCUGUGCAGUUGGUAGUCCACCUCCAACUUACAGCUGGUUUCGCCAUUCAAACGGCCGCUUAAGCCCUGUAUCGAACAGUAUUAGGAUCUCAGUCUCAGAUCAGGUGCUGAUUAUCCGACGCGCACAGUUGUCUGAUGGUGGAGUUUGGACCUGCAGAGCACACAAUCAGUUUGGUGAGCAGAGAAAGGACGCCAGACUGAGAAUACGUUCAAGGCUGGUUGUGAGCGUACAUCCACAGUUGCAGUGGGUGACGUUGCAAAAAUUGAAAAAUAAGUAUGCAGAGCACAAUCGCGGAGGCGAGACACAUCGCUCCAAUGUGAUCCCGGCCACGCGCUCAUCGAAUAUAGACAAGCACAAGCGAGGCGCCGAAGUCAGCGGUUGUAAGCUGUUCCUUAAUUUUAUACAUGAAACAUAG